AGAAUGUUCCUGCAAAAAGAAAAAGCCAAACUUGCUGAAGACAAGGCAAAGUUAAAAGAAAAUCCCUCACUCAUAAAAGAGUAUUUUCCAAGGCGGUCUUCAGAGGAAGCGAAUACAACUGAUAUUGAUGAUAAUUUGGAUACAGGGACCGCUGGCACAAGUCCGCAAAACUGCCUUCAGCUGGAUACAUAUUUGAAAAAUGAAACAGACUCAUCAGGUUUUGAUCAAGAAGUUUCAUCUUCACCGCAUUUUUAUAAAACUGUACGUGAAAGUAGUGCGAGUGACUCUGAAUGCAGGUCGAACUUUAACAAUCGUUUAAUUUCAUAUGAAUCGACUUCAAGUCCUGGUGAUUCGAAACGAAUAAGGGUAGAUGUAUCAGAUGCAGGAUCACAAAGCUCUUCUGAAGAGACGUUGCUUCUUGAAGCUGUCGAUAGUAUUUUGCUGCCGUGACCGUGACAUCCUCUUCUAGAAAGUACAUAUUUUAAAAAUGAGCUUAUUAAACGCAAAUGGAGUAAAUUGUAUGAUCAAUUGGGUGCUUCGUUUCUUACUCUCGAUUCAGAAUUUUUAUCAAUCAAGUUGACUCUGUGGAAGGAUUGAAUUCUUUAUGAUAUUUAAUGCACAUCUAUGCUCUUUAUCUUUCACUUACUGCUCUGUGCUUUGUUAACAUAAUGUUAGCGAUAUUUGAAGAACCAUUAUUUUUCUGUUUGAAAACUCGUUUCAGUGUCCAGCUAAGUGAUUCACAGGAUCUUGUGAUAUUCAAUUGUGGAAUAAAUGAAUCCCCUCCUUAGGAAAAAAAUUCUCGAGCAUCACCUUCUUGAUCUAUAUUAUGCAAGUUUUGAUAAUUAAAAGCACCUUAUUCUUGUUUAAUCGAUUGAAUUUUGUGGUAUGUCUGCAUUUUUCUGUAAUUCACCCUGGAGUGGUGUUAUGCUUCAAAUGACUUAUUGUGCUGUCUCCUAACGGACAAGUUAAUGUUCUUGGUACCGAACUAUGUUGCUAUAUAAUUGAAAACUUCUCUAUUUUGUAUUUUUUUUAUGUUGUAUGGACUAAGCAAUUAUGACAUUAUAAAAUUGUUUAUGGACUUG